UUAAAUACAUAAAUUCGUUUUAGUUGUAUAAAUAGUUAUCUUAUUAAUUUAAAUAAAGAAAUAGAAAUUCAAUUUUGUUAAGUAGAAACCAAUAAGCAAGAAAAAGGAAGCCUUUUAGAAAGACAUGAAGCUAUAAAAUAAAUUUAAUAACUAUAUCGGAAAAGUGUAUAAUAUAGAUAAGAAUAUUUAAAAGUCUAAAAAUAAUGUGCAUAAGAAAAAACCAAGUGAUGAAAUUUUAUACAGCUCGUUAACAUAGAUUGAUGAUAAGAUGAAUUAAUUUAGAACGGAAUAUUAACUAUCUCUAAAUUAAUCUAAUAAACUACAUAUUAUAAAAAAAAGGCAAGCUGUUAAUUUAAAAUCUACUGAUGCUUCUAUGCUAGCUACUUCAAUAUAAGCAUUUUUAUGUGCGUAAAAAUAAUUUAAUCAUAAUACUUCACAUAAAAAGAGUAGCCAAUUUGAUAAUCAGCAAAGUAUAAUUUCCGAAAGAUAGUAAAAUUAAAGUAAAUAACACAGAGAAAAGAAACUAGUCAAUAUUUAGAAUACAAGUUAUUCAAAAGAUAAAGAAUACAAUUGUUAUUCUAGCAGAUCUCUCCUAAAAUCUCCUAAAAAUGAUAUAAUGCAUUCCCACUCUUACACAAGUAGAGUUAAUGACAGAAGUUCUACUUUGAUUUAAAAUUCUUUUUUUGGUAGUCCUAAAACCUAAGUUUAAAUAACUUCAAAAGUUUAGAUAAAUAGGCCAAGCACUUCCAUGAAUAGAAGCUAAUAAAAAUUAAAUUAAACAUACCAGUAAGUUUAAUAAUCAAAUAUUUUAUAGAAUUAGUAAUAAGUAGAAGAAAAUACUCGAAAGUUUUCUGAUUACUUAAUUAAAACGAAAUAACAGUAGGACGAAGUAAUUCAAAAAACAUCUAAUUUUAAAGAUAACUCAAGUAAUUAGCAAAGCCCCUAAAACAAAAACAGAUCUAUUAGUUUGCAGGACAAUAAUGAAGAUUGCAAUGAGCAGUCUUUGACCUAGCUCUUUGGGAAUCAACUAAUAUCCUCUUUAUUAUAAUCUCUUGUAAUCAAUUAAAUUAAUAAAAUUUUUGGAAUUUAAUAUAAUGUGUAAACUGGAGUUUCUAUAAGUUAGCAAAUAAUUAAUUUAUUUGAUGUAGAUAUUAAAACCCUCAAAACAUUCAAAAGCUUUUCAGAAAGAUAGGACUACUUGAUAAAAAAAAUGGAAGAAAAAAUAGAUUAAUUGCUGGAGCAGCAAGAAAGAAGAUCGUAUGAGAGACAAAACAUCCUUAAUGAAUAAACUUAUAAAUAUGAGCUAUAAAAUGAAAAUAAAAAUAGAUAAAAUUAAGAUAACUUCUAAUGGUUGAAAUUAAAAUCUAAAUACGAUGCCUUUAAAAAGAAAUUAAAGACAAUCAUGAUCGAGAAAAUAAGUCUGUAUCAGAAUCAAGUUUAAAUUGUUGAGUUAAUAGAAAAAGAAAUGUAAAAUUCUUAGAAAUAGAAGAAAAAUUAAAAUGAGUCUAAUAAUGAACCAAUUCAAAAAGAAAACAAAAAAACUCAUGGUAGAGAAAAAAUUGAUAAUUUAAACCAAUUAAAUAUUAUAGAUGCAAGGUCAAUCAUUCAUAAGCUUAAUGCUAUUCAAGACUUUUCAUACAAAAAUGGAGACAGAAAUCAUUAAAUAAAAUAUUUUUCUAACAUCAAAAUGCUAGCAGAUAUUUAGAAAGACAAAAAGCUUUGCCUUCAAACUUAAUCAUAUGCAAAUUAAUUUUAAAAUUAUCUAAACGGUGGAUGGGAUGAAGAAAAAGAAAAGUUAUACUAAGCUUGCAAGACUUAAGCUGUAUAGAAAUAUCUCAAUACAAGUUUUGAUAUUAGUAAUGUAAACUAACUAAUGCUUUAACCAUUCGUUUAAUAAAUUUAGAAAUCUAUACCUUAAUAGUUUAACAGAGAAGAGCUAAUUGAAUAGUACCGUAGUGGUGUUAAUUUAAAAAAAGAAGAAUAUGAAUUUAUUGCAAGUACUAGCAAAUUGUUAAAUUUAUGUAUAGAUAAGUAAUUUACUCAAAAAGCAGUUGAUUUAUUAAGUGGCAAUAUAGUUGAUUAUUUAGAGAGAGAUUUAGCUGAAGAUAUCAUAAUGAAGCACGAAAUAAUAGUAGAUAAUCUAAAGAGAUUUAGAAAUGAUUAUUUUAAAGCUAAAAAUAAUGUAUUGCAAAAGAAAUUUAAAGAGUAAAAAAAACAAUAAAUGGAAAAAGAAAUGAAUUAGAAAAGAUAAAUAGAAUAAAAAAAAUUUUUAAGAAUAGUUAAAAAUAGAUUGACUAAGCUAAUUGAUUAAAAUCCCAUAAAGUAAGCAUCUUAUAAGAAUUUUUUUAUAAUAUUGUUUGCUCACAAGUUAAAAUAAAGAUUGCAAUAUGCCAAAACUCAUAAAAAAGUAUAUGCAUCAAGAUUUAAUCCAGAUGCAAUUGAGUAGAUGGCUAAGUUAAAGGAAAAAGAGCUUGUUAAAUAAAAACAAUAAGAAUUCAUUAAAAAGAUUUCUCCUUCAAAAGAUGUGAUAGAAAAAAUGAAGCAGCAAAAUUCAAAAAUGCAUAAUGUACAUCCUCCAUCGAUAUUAUCUUACUUCAAGCCAAUUGACAAACACUCAGAUUAAUAUUACUUAGAAUACUAACAGCAAGAGAAACUAUUAUAGCACAUGAAACCUUAAAUAGAUAACUUCAAAUUGAAAAUGAAGGAUGAAAGAGAUUAGGAAAAGUUUCUUAAAUUUUAUUCUGGAGGACCAAGUCAAAAUAUAAAUUUUAAUGCUAAAGAUAAGUAUGAAAAUUUAUAUUAAUAGCAUAUUGAUAAGAUAAUUAAGAUACAGAAAUUAAUUAGAAAAAAAAGAAUCCUAAAUGUCAUCAAAAAUAUUAAGGAAUAGGAAUUUCAUAAAAAAGUAGAAGAGCAUGAGUAGAAACUAUAUGAAUUUUUAGGAAAAUAUUCUCCAUACUAAAAGACCAUGAGAAUAAUUUAUACUUCUCUUAAAAUAAAAGAGCAGCAAAAGAAAAAAUAAGAUGAAAAAUUAAACAAGCAGUUUGUUUUAAACUUAUCUAUUUAAAAGAGCAGAUCAAUUUCUGAAAGUGACUCAGUUACUUCUCCUAAAUCUAGAUUUAACAUUCAAAACACUAUUGAGAAAGAAUAAUAAUUGAAACGCAUUUCAAAUGCCUUAACAAUUUAUACUAAUGAUACUGAUGACAUAAAACAAUCUAAUAGUUAAAUAGAAGAGAAUAAUUCUAAUUGCAAUUUAGCUAAACAAAUAACUAGCAAAAAACCUAAAUUAUUUGUUCCUAAGCCUCAUUCAAAUUUAGCUUAAAUGAAAUUGCAACUUUAAUAAAAUAGAUAUGAAAAAUCUAAAAAAAAAGAAGAUAGUUUAAAUGAAACCGUAUCAACAAGAAGAAAUACUUUAUUUUCUAAAGAAUCUUCUCAAAUUAAUCCUAAUACAUAGUCCCCUAGAUUAAUAAAAACAUUCUCGGGAGUUGUAAAGUAAGACUUUCUUUUAAAGUAGUAAAAACUGAUACAAAGUGCUAAGUCGAACUUUUUCAUAGCAAUAAAAAAUUGUGGUUUUAUUUUUUCACCCUCAGAUACUAUGAUAAAAGAUGAAGAAGGUAAUAGUCCACUUUAUUAUGCAGUUUUAAAUCAAAAUGAAGAAUUUGUUAACUGGUUACUAAAAAAAGGUGCUUCUCCUAAUUAAAUAUGCUCUCAAGGAAACACUCCAGUUCACAUAGCUUUUAACCAUAAAAAUUUCCAAAUAAUUCAGAGUUUACUUAACUAUGGAGCGGACAUAAAUAAAGUGAACAUAUAAGGAUUUACUCCAAUUGCCAAUUGCCCUUAGUACAUGAUUGAUAAAUUAGAUUUAUCUAAAUGUGUUGUUUAUUCUUCCAAAUAAAAAUUUGAAAGAAAUAUCACUAAUUUUGAUAAUUCAUAAUAUUUUUACCAUAAUUAAUAACAAGAGUUCUAAAUUGAGCGCUUACAACUAGAAAAUUUUUAUCCUUUAGACUAAUCUGUAAAUAGGACAAUAUUAUUGAAAGAAAAUAAAAGUGAAUGAAUGAAUAAAUGAUAAAUAUAUUUGCACACUUUUUUGAUACAUAAAUUCUCAUCAAUUUAAUAACUUAAAAAUAAAUAUAUUCAAAUAUAAAUAUUAACUUUAUUUUU